CGCCUCUCUUCUUAAGCUCUUACCUGAAGUUCCAACGUUCAAUCAUCUAAUUGGUCUUUCUUGAUAUCGUUCUCACGGGGUUAAAUUGACGCCUUACGCUCUCUUCAUCGCUCUAUACUCUCCCUCUAAUAACGAACUACAAGACGCUCCACAACCACUCGAUACUCAAUGGCAGACGGACUCAACCAGGCCCGCGCAGUGCGAGUGGCCGAACUGAUCAACGACUAUCGAACAUUGCUGUUGCACAUCUCUCAGCAGCAAGUCGACGCUUCUCCCGAGGAAUACUACGAAGAAGGAUUCACUGUACUCCGAGAGUGUCACGCGGCCGCUCAACGUCUACUCAGCGCCAACUAUCAGCCAUGCCCGAUGACAGGGAGAGGGAACGCAGAAACGGAGAAAGCAGAGCUUCAAAGGGUUAUCACCGAUAGCAGCGCUCGCCGAUUCCAGGCACAUAAGAUCUACCUCCGAGCUGCGGCAGCACGACGAUGGACCAUGACUCGGGCGAAUAUCCUCCGCGGCCAACGACCAACGUCGGCACAUGCGCCAGCCUUGAAAGCCGCACACGUUACGCUCCAACAGGAAUUGGGUCGUGUCACCGACCAGCACGUUGUCGCUGAUCUUCGAGCUGCCGACCUGCGAGCAGGUCAUUGGCUUGAUGACGAUCCGUCCUUGGCUACGAUGCUGCGCUGGAUUUCGGGUCGGUAG